UUUUAUAGCGAAAACCUUGUUCAAUUCAACCCAAUAACAUAUAUAAAAUCAAAAUAAAGUGGACAAAUUGAAAAUUUCCCUAGAGAUUUAACUACAUAAUGUGUCAUAACCUUCACAAAUUUCAAAUCUCUCAUUCCUCCCAUUUCAUCUUCAUUAUCACUCAUAAUACAUUUUGUCCCCAAAAAAAAAAAAAAAAAAAAAAAAAAAAAACAAAACAAAAACAGAAAAGAUGAGGAUGUGUGAAUUCCUCUUAUUUUAUUUCGUUCUGCUCAUCUCAUCAUCAUGUUUCUUGUUUGUUUCUUCACACUCUUCCAAUUCCUCUUCGGUCAUGAGUUUCUAUUGCCUCCCUCACCAAUCCUCCAUUUUACUUGAGCUAAAGCAAGAGUUUAAACUCGAUGAACCAGGUGAACCUUCAAAGAUGACAGAUUGGAAAGCAGGCACCGAUUGCUGUUUGUGGCCUGGAGUCUCAUGCGAUAUGGCAACAGGUCAUGUUGUAAGCCUUGACCUUAGCAGCAGCUCGCUUGAGGGCCCUUUGCGUUCUAACAGUAGCCUUUUCAACUUACUUCAUCUUCAAAACCUCAACCUUGCCUACAACGACUUUAGUUCAAGCCCAGUUCCCUCGGAGUUUGGCCAACUUUCCAGGUUAACCCAUCUCAACCUCACUUGCUCUCUGUUUUCUGGUCCUAUACCAUCUGAAAUCUUGAGGCUGACGAAUUUGAUUUUGCUUGAUCUUUCUUACUAUUUUGGAGGUCCUUUUCCUUUUUGUGAGGAUAUCGGAGAUUAUUAUCCAAAUAUUCAGGAGCCUGAACUGCUGAGAAGGCUUGCUGAAAACAUUACGAGUUCUUGAUCUUGAUGCAAUUUGCAUGGCGAUUUUCCAAAAACAAUAUUCCGAUUGCCUAACCUACAAUCAGUUAAACUGCUGGAUAAUGGUGAUCUCACCGGUUCUCUUUCGGAAUUUCAUUAUGGCAGCAAUCUUUUGUCGUUGGAAAUUUCGAUUACAAAAUUUGGGGGGAAAUUGCCAAAUUCAGUUGGCAACCUUACCUCUUUGAAUGUUUUGGAUCUCAUGAAUUGUAUAUUUUCUAGGCCUGUUCCUUAUUCUCUUGGGAACCUUGCAAAUAUCAGUCAACUUCUCCUGGGUAGCAAUGAGUUUAUCGGUGAAUUUCCUUCUUCACUUGGAAAUCUGACACAGCUAAGCGAUCUGGAUCUUUCAAAUAACUUUUUCCAUGGAAGCUUGCCAAUGUCAUUUCCAUAUCUUCUGGCAGAUAUCUACUUCAACAACAAUAGUUGCAUAGGUCCAGUGCCAUUCCAAACUUUUAGUAACUUGACCUUGCUUUCGACUCUUGAUUUGUCUAGCAACUCGCUGAAUGGAGUCAUCCCUUCAUCUUUACUUUCGUUAGCUUCUUUGCAAUCCCUAUAUUUGGAUGACAAUCAGUUUAUAGACCAUGAGAGUAUCAACUCUAUUUCAUCCCAAUUGGAAUAUCUGUCUUUAAAUCGAAAUAAAUUAAAGGGGAGUAUUCCAAGUUCCAUCUUCAAACUGCAAAGCCUGACAUCACUGCUCCUUGGUUCAAACAGUUUAAGUGGUAGAGUUGAUUUCGGCAUCUUCUCAGAGAUGGGAGAGCUUAAGAAUCUUGAUCUCUCACAUAAUGCACUAUCUCUAACAACAAAUGUGAGUAUGAAUAUUCCUUCUCUUCCCAAAUUUCAGUAUUUAGAUUUGUCCUCAUGCAACAUAACUGAAUUUCCUGAUUUCCUAAAAGCACAAAAUGAAUUACUGUCAUUAGAUCUUUCUCAUAAUAAAAUUUGUAGCCCAAUACCUAAAUGGUUCUUGAGCAUAUCCUGUUGAAUGGAAACAAAAACCAGAAGCAAAACAAAACAAAACAGAACAGCAAAACAGAGAGCAAAACCCGAAGGAAGGAAAGAAAACUACAGCUGCUGGUUUAUUGAAUGAUUCUCAGCUUUUGUGGCUUACAACACACCCAAGGAAAAAACAUAACAAUAUUUAUACUAAUACUUAACCCUGCCUACAUAAAACAUCAUAAAAUUACCCUAAAAGAAGUUUCUAAAACUUG